AUGGCCCUCGGUUGCACCCUGACGACGGUCAAGUUCCUGCUGCUGGUGACCAACCUGUUCACGCUGCUGUGCGGCGUCUCGCUGGCCAUCGUCGGAACCGUGAUGCACGUCCGGUACUCCUCCAUCAACGGGCUGUACGCGGAGCAGAACUCCCUGCUGGCGUACGAAGCCCUGCUGGCCGUAACGCUCGGCAUGAUCGCGUUCGUCAUUUCCUUCUUUGGAUUCUUCGGUGCGGCCCGGAACUCCGCCUGCAUGAUCUCCACGUACGCGUUCCUGCUGCUGGUGCUGAUGGUCAUCCAGAUCGGGUUCGCCGCCGGUUCGUUCCUGCAGUACGAGGAGGCUCGGGUGUACUUUUUGGGCCGCGUCGAGGCCAACUUUGAUCGGAUCUUCCGGUCGGCGGGUGGUGCCGAUCUGCGUAGUAAUCCCGCAAUCGCACGCGUUCAGCGGCUCUUCCAGUGCUGCGGGAAGCACUCGUACAAGGAGUGGGGCCGCUGGCUGCCGGAGUCGUGCUGUAGGGGCGGGAUCACCGCCGGUUGUAAGCCGUACGAAACGGGUUGCGUGGAGCAGCUGGAGGAGUACUUUGUCCGGUCGGCGCGCACCUUCGGCUGGCUGUUGAUCUGCUUCACAGUGAUCGAGUUUGUGGCCGCCCUUUCGGGUUGUUGGCUGGCGAACGGCCUCCGGGAUGAGGAAGCGGCUCGGAAGCGGGUUCGGUUUCAGCGGGUUCCAGCGGGUCGUGUCAAUCCUUAG